GAAACCUUUCGGGUUUAUGUGUUCUUGACUGACUGCUGGUUCUGUAUGUGCUUUUAGGUAUUUCAUUUACUUAUAUUAUCAACAUAGAUGUUAUUUGUAUGGCUUUCCUGUCGGUGCAAUGAUACCAGAUAACUAACCUAAUUACCAAGGGGUUAAGGCUCUCCAUUCCUGUCUUGUCCUGCACCAAGUGUCAGUAUGGAUGAAGAAACCCUUGAGGCAGCCAUCACUACCUAUAGUGCCCAGCUGCAGCAGGUGGAAACAGCCUUGUUGGCAGGCCUGGACCCAACCCAGCAGUCAGACCUGCUCAAACUGAAAGAAGACCUUUGCCAGCUGAUCGAGCUCACUGAAUCCAGCUUGGUGUCCGUCAAAAAGAGCCAGCUGCUGGCUAGUCUCGAGGAUAGUAAUGGACUGUACAUAAAUGCCUCAGAGGCAGCAGCGGAUACAAACAGUGCAAAUGGUAGUCUGGACACUGAGUUUAGAGCUUUUUACUCUGAAGUGGGGGAGUCUUCAGAAAGCAGCUCUACUACCAGAGAGAGGGAUAUGGACGGGGUGUUGUAUUGUGAGAAGGAAGAGGAUGAAGAUGAGGAAGAAGAUGAACUUAGUGGCACCAAAGUAAGAGCACCUUACAGGACUACAUGGGGAACACUGGAGUAUCACAAUGCCAUGGUCAUGGGGGCAGAACCAACAGAUGGAGAGGAGGCACAAGUCAGAGUGCUCUACAUCUACCCCACCCAGAAGUCUAUGAAGCCCUGUCCUUUCUACCUAGAAGACAAGUGUCGCUUUCAGGAUAAUUGCAGGUUUUCUCACGGUGAGGUGGUGUAUGUGUCAGAGCUUAGAGAGUUCCUGGAGUCCAACCUCAGUAAUCUUGAGGAAGGCUCGUCCUGCUUGGCUCGACAUGAAGACGGUAUCUGGUACCCGGCCAGAAUCACAGAUAUCGACAGUGGUUUCUAUACUGUGAAGUUUGACUCUGUGUUGCUGAAGGACGUUGUGGUCGAGGCCGACUGUAUUAUCCCUCCUUUGAGAGAAGACGACCCUCCCGCCUCUGACUCUGAUUUGGAUGAUGCUGAAUAUGGAGAGGAUAUGGGAUACGCAAAAGUUGUAGACUCUGCUGUUGAAUCUGCAGCAAUGCUAAAUGCUGCUAAUUUUGGUGGCUGGGAAGCGCAUACCAGAGGAAUCGGAUCCAAGUUGAUGCUUAAAAUGGGCUAUGAAUACGGGAGAGGCUUAGGAAAGCUGCAGGAGGGUCGAGUAGAGCCUGUGAUGGCGGUGGUUUUACCCAAGGGUAAGUCUCUGGACCAAUGUGCCGAGCUCACCCAGAGACGCACCAAGAGCAAGACUGCUGAGGAUGGCACAGAGAAGGCCCGCCCUAAGAGGCGCAGAAAGCCUCGGGUCGCCACCGGAGGUCGCCAUACCGUCUUUGACUUUCUCAACAACAAGCUGGGAGGCAAGAGCAGUGAUUCUGCUGAGGGGGGUUCUGCUGCGCCGUCAGUUGGGGUGGAAGCUUACCGUGGAGGAAAAAGCACCAAGAGGAGUCUAAAUGUGAAACUGUUCCAGGCUGCUGAGAGGGUGUCCCAGACUGAGAGGGAGAUCCAGAAACUGAGUGAGACGCUCAGCCGACAGACGGGCAGGGAUGCCUCCAGAGUGAAGCAGCUGGAAGACAAGCUGUCAGCGGCCCGCCGGCUGCUGGCCCAGCAGAAAGCCCAGGAGCUGUCUGUUCAGAAAGAGCACAAGAAGGCCGAUACACACAAGAAGAUGACUGAGUUCUAAGUUCAGUUGUUUCAAAGACAUGGAAAAUAAAGGGAAAUCCCUCCCGUCUGAACUGAACUAUUCUUUCUGCCUGUUGAAGCUAUUUUAUUUGCUUUAUUAUGAACACAUUUUUAGCAUAAUUCCUCAUCAGCAUCCCUUUAUGCAGAAUGGGUCUGCUGCUUCUCACUUUAUUUUUCAAGAUCUGAGCAGUUUAUUUCUUUGGAUUGUUGUUUACUGUUCACAAUAAUGUUAAAAAGGCUUUUAUUUGAAACAUUUUUCUGUGUUUUUCCUUUUGCCAAACUAAAGAUCUUCUUUGGAGAACCCAUUUUUAAUUGUUUUUAACCGGACAAGUUUACACUCUAGAGGUAAGAAAUGUCAUUUUUGCCACAGAACUAUCCAACAGAAUCCAUUUCUGUUUUCAGUCAUUCUGGCCAUUCUGACCAGCAUCUGCUCUAGAGCUUAGUGCAGUAUGCUUUGUCUUUCAUGAUGAUAAUUUAUGUCACUCUUAUACAAAACAUCUUUGGAGUGGCGGCCUUCACCUUUCUGUUAAAUAAUGCAUUUGGGCAGCAACUUGUCUGGUCAUAAAUCUGAUGCACAUUGUAUGUGGGUUGGGUAGUGACCAAAUCCAUCUUGCAGCCUUUUGGACUCGAGUAAAAGUUUGAAAUCAUGUUAGGAAGCUGUGGAUUAGAUUAUCGUCCUGUUAUGAUUUCCUUUUAUGAGCAAUGUUUAAUGUGAAUCGAUGGGACUUGGCAUAACAAGACAAGAUUAAAAACUAGUUUUUAAAUGAC